AUGGAGGAGCCAGCCUUCCUUUUAACCUUCUGGCAUCUGUCCACCACUGCCCUUGUGACCACUGUAUCUGUGCCAUCCCGAGUGGCUGAAGGAGAUGAUGUCCUAUUCCUUGUCCACAAUCUGCCAGAGAAAAUUGAAGCCAUAGCCUGGUUCAGAGGGCCCUCAGAUAUGACUGCAAUAUAUGGACUGCCCAACAAUUCAAGUAGUCCAGGUCCUGCACACAGCGGCAGAGAGACAAUAUUUCACAAUGGAUCCCUGCUCCUUGAAAGGGCCAACCUGAAGGACACAGGCUUCUAUACCGUACGAAUCUAUAAUAGACAUGGAAAUGUCAUAUCAACAAUAUACACAUACAUCAACGUGUAUGCUGUCCGUUGGCAGUGUGGGCUCCUUGGUACCUCCCCACAGCCCACCAUUGAAUUCGUGCCACCCAGUGUUAUUGAAGGGGGAAGUGUUCUUCUACUUGUUCACAAUCUCCCAGAGCAUUCUGUAGUCUUUGUCUGGUUCAAAGGAACGGCUGCCUUCAAGAACAUUUUGGCUAUGCGACAUCUACCAGCCACGAAACCAACUGUACUGGGGUAUGCAUACAGUGGCAGGGAGACACUGAACAGUGAUGGAUCCCUGCUGCUUCGUGGUGUCAGUCAGAAAGACAGCGGAUUGUACACACUACGAAUUCUGAAAUCAUAUGGUACAACUCAAGAUGUACAAGUGAAACUCCAGGUGGACAUUUCCCUUCCUGCAUUCUGUAAAGCUCUCACUUCUUCCCGACUCUUGAUCCAACCAGUGCUUCAGUAUAUUGCUGAAGGUGAAGAUGUACUUCUACAAGUUCAUAAUCUUCCAGAAGAUGCGCGAGUAUUUUCCUGGCUCAAAUCAAACAAUGGGAGCCCAGCCCGUAAACUUGUAGAAUACAACAGAGCCAAGCCUUCUAUCUCCUGGGGGCCUGCACAGAGAAUAAGAGGGAAGGUGUACAAAACUGGAUCCCUGCUGCUCCAGGAUGUCAUUGCGAGUGAUGCAGGGUUGUACACACUGGAAGUUUUAAACAAAGAUUCCAAAAUUGAAAGAGCAAAUGUGGAGUUUUAUGUAAAGAAGUCUGUGACACAGCCCUUUGUGCAAAUCACUGACACCACAGUCACAGGAGGUACAUCUGUGAUCUUGACCUGCGUUUCACCUGAUACUGAUGUCUCCAUCCGUUGGAUCUUCAAUAAUGAGAAUCUGCCGAUCACAGAGAGGAUGACUCUGUCCCCAACAAAGUGUGGACUCAGAAUAGAUCCUGUAGGGAUAGAGGAUGCUGGACUGUACCAGUCCUCCCUUUUAACCUUCUGGCACCUGUCCACCACUGCCCAUGUGAUCACUGUAUCAGUGCCACCCCUAGUGGCUGAAGGAGAUGAUGUCCUGUUCCUUGUCCACAAUCUGCCAGAGGAAAUUAAAUCCUUUGUCUGGUUCAAAGGGCUAGGAAAUGCAACAGGAAAAAUUGCAACAUAUGCACGGCACAGAAAUUCAAGAAGGCCAGGUCCUGCGUACAGCAAUAGAGAGACAAUAUAUCAAAAUGGAUCCAUGCUGUUUGAGAAGGUCAUCCUGAAGGACUCAGGAUUCUAUACACUAAAAGCCUAUGACAGACUUGGAAAUAUUGUAUCAACAACACAUGUGACCCUCAAUGUGCACGCUGAGCUUUGGAAGUGUGGGCGCCGUUCUACCUCUUCACAACCCACCAUUGAAUCAGUGCCACCCAGAGUUGCUGAAGGGAGAAGUGUUCUUCUACUUGUUCGCAAUCUUCCAGAGCAUAUUACAGCCUUUCUCUGGUUCAAAGGAGAGACUGACUUCAAGAAGCGCCUCCUGGCUUUCCACCAUUUACCAUCCAGAAAACCAGUCUUUUGGGGGCGUGCAUACAGUGGCAGGGAAACACUCAACAGUGAUGGAUCCCUGCUGCUUCACAGUGUCAGUCGGAAAGACAGUGGAUUGUACAUACUACGAAUUCUGAGAAUAGAUGGUAAAUAUGAAGAAGCACAAGUGCAACUCCAGGUGGACAGUUCCCUUUCUGCAUUAUGUAAUGCUCUCACUUCUUCCCAACUCUUGAUCCAACCGGUGCCUCGGUAUGCAGGUGAAGGUGAAGACGUACUUCUCCAAGUUCAUAAUCUUCCAGGAGAUGCGCGAGUAUUUUCCUGGCACAAAUCAAACAAUGGGAGCCUAGCCCAUAAACUUGUAGAAUACGACAGAGCCAAGCCUUCUAUCUCCUGGGGGCCUGCACAGAGAAUAAGAGGGAGGGUGUACAAAACUGGAUCCCUGCUGCUCCAAGAUGUCAUUGAGAGUGAUGCAGGGAUGUACACACUGGAAGUUUUAAACAAAGAUUCCAAAAUUGAAAGAGCAAAUGUGGAGUUUUAUGUAAAGAGGGCCGUACCCUACCCAGGGCAGAUGGGGGAGCUAUCUUUCCUCUCCUAUGGUUUUGCAGCUGAUGCAGCCAGCGGCAUUUGGACCACACUGUGA